UGGAAGUAAGAUGGCGUUUACGUGUAGGGUCCAAUAUUUGGACGAUACAGACCCCUUUGCCAGCACGGUGUUCCCUGAGCCAACCAGGCCCCCUUCUUUCACAUUUAAUGAGUAUCUUCCGCUGAUCGACCAGUUGCCUGCUGUCUGCAAAUUCCUGAAAGCACCACACAAACUUGAAGACUGUACCCUCCAGCUUUCUCAUAAUGGAUAUUACUUGGAUAUAGAGUCUUCCAUAGAUGAACAGAAAGAUGAUUUUGAAGGAUUCAACAAAGAACGCAAACAUUCAGUCAUCCUUCGGUCUCAGCUGUCAGUCAGGGUACACGCUUGUAUCGAAAAGUUGCUCAACUCAACUGGAAGGGAGCUUAGGAGGGCCCUGUUUUCCUUGAAGCAAAUAUUUCAGGAUGACAAAGACUUGGUACAUGAGUUUGUCAGUGCUGAUGGACUGGCGUGUCUUAUUAAGGUGGGAACAGAUGCUGACCAGAACUACCAGAAUUACAUCCUCAGAGCUCUUGGUCAGAUCAUGCUGUAUGUGGAUGGAAUGAAUGGAGUUAUUGAACACACUGACACCGUACAAUGGCUCUAUUCAUUGUUAUCAUCAAAGUAUCGGCUGGUGGUGAAAACCUCGUUGAAACUGCUCCUAGUCUUUGUUGAAUACUCAGAAUCAAAUGCUACAGUUCUGUAUCAGGCAACGUGUGUAGUCGAUAAAGAACAAGGGAAGCAAACAUGGAGCAAUGUGAUGAAUCUCUUGAAGGAUGAGGGACAAGAUUCUGAAAUUUUGGUCUACACCAUGUCCCUUAUUAAUAAGACCUUGAAUGCAAUACCUGAUCAGGAUACCUUCUAUGACAUCACAGACUCCCUGGAACAAGAAGGAAUCGAGGAGACUACCAAGCAGUUGAUGAGUGGCAAGGGGACUGAUUUAGAUCUGGUGGAACAGUUCAAGUUGUAUGAGUACUCCCUGAAGAAAGAGGAUGGUGACAUUGAUAUUCCCGUAGAACGCAAACAUAAUCUCAGGAAACACCGUCGUAGUGCCGAGACGGCCGAUCGAAAGAGUCUACGGAGAUCCUUGAAGCCGACGGCUGAGUAUGGAGGAGAUCGGAGGGAGUUAAGGAGAUCAUUGGAUCUUGGGAAGGAACUGACUCCUCAGGAUGCAGAUAGGGUCCAUGAUUCCAACAGGAGACGGGAUAAUAGGAGGAGUCGCCCAAGAGUUUCCAUCGACAACUCGUCUCUCUCCUCUGAAAUGACCGUUAAGGAGCAGUUGGAAGAGAGGAAGGCAAGGUUAAGGGUUCCAGAUAGAGACGGAUCUAGCAGGGAGGAUACGUCGGCUGGAACCACUGAUUUUAGCGCCUCAGAAAACAGCAGUACCAAAAUCCCAUGGAGGCGAGGAAGAAUACGUCAGGCAUCAGCACCGGGGGAUAUAAUCGCAAAGGCAAUACCCCAACCCAACGAGUUAAGGCCAGUACCAGCCAACAAGCCAGAGAGCAGCCAGGGUGCCGGGGAACUACAGCAGGUCUUAGCUGAGAGGCGGAGAAGACGCCGAGAGAUGAGGCAGGAGAAAGAGGUUGAAGAUGCUCCUACUGUUGAGGGAUGGGUGUCCCAGGCGGGGAAGGCAAAUCAAGAAGAAAUAUCAUUAAAAGCAAAACUGCGGCCCGUCUCGGCGAAGCUAAGAAACACGCCGGAUGAAGAACCAGCACAACCAAAGAAUCCUCCCAAAAAAGGAAGUGGCUUCGCGUCCCUCAUGUCAAAGUUCAGCAGCGGAAACGACAAACAGAAAGUGCCCUCGGAGGGUUUAGAUCAAGCGGGAGGUUUGGCUCAAGUCAAGGGUCAAAGUUCACAUGAUAGAAGGAAAGGUUCAGAGGUGAAGACAGAGGAUGAAGAGCAGACUUUUACCAUGAAGCUUCCAGCCGCAGGCAAAGUUGCAGCGUCCAAGGAACAGAAAGUGGAUAAUGAACAGGAAGAGGUGAGAAACCGGUUAACGGAAGGAAACUUGGAAGACAUUAAAGAAGAGUUGGAGGAUGCAGUGAGUGAGGAGGCCAUUGAGCGACUUAGGAGAGGGGGUUUAAGGUACGAUCCUUACACUUAUGCCUCCUCGGAAACUGGUACAACUGCCACGCCCAUCCAUCCAUCCUCCUCCAUGUCCUCAUUGGCUGGGUAUGACACGGUCUCCGUGACGACUGAUGGCGGAGAUGCGGACCGUGAGUCCAUGAUCGUGUCUGACUCAGAAGGAUACCUGACUCUACCGGAGGAAGACGCCGAUAACCACACUCCACAGGGCAUCACGGAGGAUGAAGUCUCAAGUGUCAAGCCUGCUCAUCCCAACAUUGUCUCAUCCUCAGAGGUGUCUAUGACAUCUUUGAAGUCAAAUGACGGUGAAAAUUCCAUCAAGAGAAGAGACAAUGGGAGUCGGAAUAAGAGGCAAGAAGAAGAAGAUGAGGAUGAUAUUAUGAUGCUCCUCAGUGUCGGCCUCGCCCCUCCAGAUGAUUUCCAAAAACAUCAGGGUCAAGAUCAAGAUGAGGUUUCUUGGCUUAGUGAGGAGGAUGACACUAGAUGCUCAUCUUCACUCGAUGGCACUUAUACAGGUGAAGAUGAACAACAACCAAAAGUCUUGGCAAAUGAUGAAAACGCCAGUAAGGUCGCCUCGGUCACAAAGACUCCAUCCACCGUCAAAGGAAACUUAAAUUUUAAGUUUGCUCAGCUUCCAAACACAACAACUCCAGGCCCUACUAAGAAGGUAAAACCAUCUGAUGAGGAUGAUGAUGACCUUAUGGCGCUGCUCAGUCAGGGUCUUCCAGGCCCAGAAGACCGUGAUGAUGAUGACCUUAUGGCGCUGCUCAGUCAGGGUCUUCCAGGCCCAGAAGACCGUGAUGAUGAUGAUGAAUCCUCUCUCGGUUCAGACACAGAGGAAGGGGUUUCUGAGAUUGGCUCUCUGGACGGGAUAACGGACGCAAGCUUCGUGCAAACAUUCUACGAUUCUCCAGCUAAGCCUGGGUAUGACGAUGACAUAUCAAACACCAACAGACUUGCCAAGACCACCUUCGUUAAGACUGAUGGCCUUAAAAACCUGCAACAACCAGAACCUGUCCAGAAAACAAAGCAGAAAUUAGAUAGGGGACAGAAAACAAAAAUGAAUCACAAGAAAGAUGAUGAGAAUGAGUUGAUGGCUCUCCUUAGUGGUGGGCUUCCAAGUGAGGAGAGCAGUACGUCUAAGAAGUCAGUGAUGGACAGGGCUCCUAAAGAGGUCCAGAAUGGUGAAGAGAGCAGAGUACCCAAGAUCAAUCUAAAUGAAGUCAAAGGUGACAAUCUGUCAACAAAAUUAGAUAAAUACAUGAGACAAGUGAAAAGUUUCAAACAAGAUGAUGGGGAUGUAAUAGCUAAGGUUGGUAAGGGUUUGAAGCCACCCCUUGUGGCAAAGAAGCAAGAGGACAAGAAGAUAAUUGAGAAGUCCAAGAAAGAUGCUUCAUCAAAGAGGAAACAGGAAGAAGACGAUGAAGAUGUGUUGUCGUUGCUGAGUCAGGGUUUUUCUCCUGUCAUCCCUGAGCCAGAGAAAGCGUCAAGUCAACGUCACAUCCCUCAAAAUGAGUCCAAGGAAGGGAAGACAGAUCUUGGGCGGGGAGGGAGGAAACGGCCUGAGGUCAAUAAGGAAGACGAUGUCCUUGCCAUGUUGUCUCAAGGCAUCCCUGCAACUCCUGAUGAGGAGGAAGAGGGCAACAGAAAUCAAAACGCCUCUCAGACAUUCCAACCAAGAUUUAGAGUCGCCUCGAUGGACGAUACCAACCAGGAUGUCCAGUCGCCCAAUUGGAGAAAGGACAACGACAAACCUAAAUUUGUGAUAAGGAAUACGUACCAUGAUCCUCCAGUUAGACCUUUUUCAAGCAAGAAAGGAGAUAGUGAAAAGCCAUCUGGCAGUUCUUGGCCAUCGUUAAGCAAUGAUAAAGGGUUUUCUCCAUACAAGACUUUCACGCCAUCUGCACUGCUUUAUGGUGAUGAUGCAGCUAGCAAAUGGCUCAGCCGGGCCAAUCCAAAGCCUAUUCAGAUCCCACUGGGGAAUCAAUCCUUACGACACUUUGACAGGCCUAAGAAAUCCACCCAGUCAGAAGCCAGUUCAGUGACACCUGGAGAAAACGACGUUAAACCCAGCGGGAGUACUGAAGAAAGUGCACGCUCGUCAGAGCCAAACAAUGUCCCUACACGCCAGGUUACCAGCCCUAUACGUCAGGAUACUAGCCCUGCACGCCAACCCACUUACGAUGCCCUCUUGAGAACCAGACCUGGUAGCGACACCACCAGCACCUCAACAAGAAGGAAACCGGAAGAUGACAUCCCCACCACCCCAACGAGAAGGAAACCGACCAUCGAAGACGAUACCACUUAUACCUCAAGGAGUAGAAGCAGGCCGUCCACCGAUGACAGUCCGUCCAGAGUAAAACCCACUGAGGAAGACACCACUCCAUCGAGGCGCCGUCACAGACCGGAGUCUAUCCCCGAGUCACCCUCAGUCUCUACCCCCGCUGCUACUCCUACUAAUACCACCACACCGACAUCUCCUAGUGAGACGGAUUACAUAACAGAGAGGAGAAGACGGCGGAAAGAGAGAGAAGCUCAGAGAGCUGCAGAGGCAGCCGCUGCUGAAGCUGCCGAAAAGCAAACUGCCACGUUACCACGGAACUUCAAACCAGCUGAUAUUACCCCGCCUUUAACCACUACAGAGUAUGUUUCUCAUCGACGAAGGAGGACAAGAGAAGAUGUUCCUGAGGAAACAGUUUCAACAAACAUAACAAGUAGACCUGCUGAGGUGUCAUCACCAGUUGAAAAUGGAGAUGUCAGUUCUAGCUCUUCUCGGAGACGCCGUCGUCAGUCCAAGGGUGAUAAAACCCCCACGGAGACAUUUACAGCGGUACUACCCAGACAGAGAAUAAACAGAAAACAUUAUGAAGGCAAAGAAGCGGAACCAGAGGAUAUUCAGGAACUCAUGGCACCAGAUUAUCUAUCAGGUGGCAUUGCAGCUAGGAGGAAGCUAAGACAGGAGCAGAGGGAGCGAGAGCAGCUGGAGAAAGAGCGGCUAGAGAAAGAGCAGCGGGAAAAAGAGCUGGCAGAGAAGGCUAAAGAUGAGAGGAAAGAUAUCAUCAAGAGACCGGUACCCAUCAUCCGGGAACCAACUCCAUCUACCAGUGAAGAGCAAGAUGAGAAGGACAAACAGGGUCAAAGUUCAUCAUCACCAGCCUCGAUGUCAAAGGUCGUAGGGAUGAGUAAUGGAGACUCCUCAGAAGCAAUAUCACCUCAGAUUUCAAGAACUGCAAGUCCAGAGAGGGACGAAGUAUUUGCGAAAACCCCUAAGCCCUCAAGUGAAACCAACCAUGUGGAACCAUCAUCCAAAAAGACCGAGCCAGCCAAAGACAUUUCCGAUAAACUCUCCAAGGAAAAGAAGGAAGCAGUGAAGCUGACUGUUGAUACAACGACCAAGCCUGAAGAGGAUAAGGUCAAAGGUAAUGAGCCUCCGAUGAGUGCUGGACUCUCCAAUAACAAACGCUACCAGCUUGCCAUGAUGUACUCUAAUCGCACCAGCCAGGAUGAGGCAACAGUGAGCAGUCCGACGCGGAAGGUGUCUACGAGUCUCCAGAGCAAUGAGACUAUCUCAGACAGGAUUGAUCAGUUAAGAAACGGCCCUGUUAAGGAUGAAGAUGGAGAUAAAGAGUCACCGAAGACACCCAAGGAAAUUGAAGUCACACCUGGGAAGGUUCAAGCAGUUCAGGAGAAGUUGCAAUCUCCAGGUCCAAUGUCUGGAGAGAAGGAGAAGUUUGCAGGGCCAACGGGUGAUAAAUCUGGUGCUAUCGGCCUUGCCAAACACGGAUUGAAGUCCGUCAACAUCCCAAUGAAGCAGCCAGCGGUACCUGUGAAUAAACCUGAGACUGCAGAGGAACGGGAAGAUGCACAAUGGGAAGAGAUUCUCCGUCAGAACAACCGAGAGCUUCGUGUCCAUAACUGGGACUUUACAGACUUAACCAACCAAGAUGAUCAGAAUGUCUUCUUGAUCAAAUCCUUGACUGAGAUAGAAGGUGUUGUACCUGCUCCACCUCCUCUGCCAAUGGGUGGAGGAAUGCCCCCGCCUCCACCUGCCCCACCCAUGAUGCCUCCUGGGCAUUAUGGCACCCUUCCUCCGCCCCCUCCUCCUCUAUCGGGUACCUCAAUCAAUGAUGGGUACAACACGUACCCACCUAAGAAGAAGAAGACGGUUCGGCUAUUCUGGAAGGAGACACGGUUAGACAGGUUAGCCAUGUACGGCAAGAAGGACCCAAAGGAGACGAUAUGGGGAGUGCUUGGAGAUGUGACAAUCGACAAGAGGAAACUAGAACACCUCUUUGAAUCCAAGGCCAAAGAAAUACUGCAGAAGGACCAGAAAAUUCUUGAAGCUGGCAAGAAGCAUGUGAUCUCUGUGCUGGACCCUAAACGCUCCAACCACAUAAACAUCGCUCUGACUGCCUUACCCCAUCCAAGUACUAUCAAGCAAGCCAUUAUGAAGAUGGAUGGAACAGCAGUCAACAAAGAAGGCAUUGAGAAACUCCUGACGAUGGUCCCAAGUGAAGAGGAAUCUAAUCUUAUCAAGGAGUCCAUGAUUCUGAAUCCAGACAUCCCACUAGGCUCGGCAGAACAGUUCCUGUACAUGCUCUCUAACAUCACCGUCUUGAAAGCUAGACUCAGUCUUUGGCUCUUCAAGAUGGACUACGAGUCUAUGGAAGAGGAAGUAGCAGAGCCCCUGGCUGAACUGAAGAAAGGUAUAGAGGAUUUGAAGACGAAUGAAACAUUCCGCCACAUCUUAUCAAUGCUUCUGGCCGUUGGAAAUUUCUUGAAUGGUGCUCAGAUCCAAGGGUUCCACAUUGACUAUCUGGCCAAAGUGCCUGACAUUAAAGACACAGUCCACAAACAGUCUCUGCUUUACCAUCUGUGCACAAUGGUGAUUGAACAGUUCCCAGAGAGCAGCGAUCUGUUCUCAGAACUUGCUUCAAUUUCUAGAUGUGCAAAGGUUGAUUUUGAAGUUCUGGAGACGAACCUACAGAAGAUGGAAGAGCAGUGUACGUCGUCAUGGGAACACCUACGAGUCAUUAGCAAGCAUGACAGCCAUUCACCUCUAAAAAACAGACUGCAAGACUUUCUAUCGGACUGUGCCCAGCGAAUCAUAGUACUUAAAAUAGUUCAUAGAAGAGUAAUGAAUAGGUUCAAUCAACUACUACUCUACCUGGGCAUGACCGCAUCGUCUGCCCGCGAGACCAAGAAAACGGAGUUCUGCAAGAUAAUCAGUGAGUUUGCCUUGGAGUAUCGUACGACACGGGAGCGCGUGCUGGAACAAGAGAAGAAGAAAGCCAACCACCGUAAGAGGGCUAUGACAAGAGGGAAGAUGAUUACAGAGAAUCUAACCUUGAGUCAAGAUAAAGAAGAAGAUGCUAAACUAAAAGCUCUUUUGAAGAAUCACGUUGGCACCGCACCCGGUAGUGAAACUCUGAAAACUCGCACCAGACAGAAACCAACUCUGGCUCGCCAGGGUGGAUUAGAAGUAGACUCUGAGGUUGUAAACAGUAGCGAUAACCUAGGAGUGGAAUCCCAAACCGACAAUGACGACACGGACGCAGGUCACAGUGCAACUACAGCCAACAUGGAGGACGUUGGAGACGAACAGACAGAUGAGAUGCUUCAGAUUCUUGUCAAUACGGCUAAGAAUACAAAGACAAGAAACACACCUAGAGAAAGGAAACGAGGACGAACAAACCGCAAAUCACUUCGGCGAACCCUUAAGGGAGGCACUGGUCUUACAGAAGCAGAGAGUCGAGCUUUGGGUCUCCAUCCAGCAUGCAAGACCGGCGUUCAGGUUUGAUAUAGAGAAAACGAAUUCCAGGAGAGACUCUUAGGGUGCUGUUGACGGUGACUCAUGCAGUGUGUUUUCAUUGAAGGGAGGUCCGCUUAGUGGUGCCACUAUGGGCACUUUGGGCAGUUGCAUCUAAGAGGACAAAACUUGCCCUUCAGACACACAUUGACAGAUUGACUUGGGCAAAACAGGUUCAUUGCCAUCAAGAAACCAUCUUGAUUGGGGUGUAUUGCUUUUCUUGAUUGGGGUAUACUGUUCUCUCGAUUGGGGUUUACUUUUAUUCCGAUUGGACCCACUUUCCCCAAUGAAGGUAUGAGUGUUUCCUGAUCAGGAAAACCUAUGAGUGGUUGUGAUACAUGGUGCAGGGACUGCUCAAUUUGAAAUGCCACUCUAAAAGUUGUAACUUAUUUAACCAUCCGGUCUUCUGGUUCGUAAAGCCUGCCCUCAAGGUUGUGUGUGUUUGCUCCAUAUAGAAGUCUAGUAUCCUGACAAAAUAUGCACAGAGAGAAGAGAAUUGUUAACAAGUUGCCUGACUAUCAAACUGAAAGUGAAAAUACAGAAUGAAAUCAUUAUUUUUAGAUUGAGGCUUGUGCCUUUAAAUGAUAUAUGCAAAAAGGAAUAAAAGCACCAAAACGCAAACAAAAAGUGCAAACUAUUUUUUAAAUAGAUUUUAACGCUGAUAGUAUUUAUGUCUUGUGGAAUAUGGUUCUGUAUUGAAAUGUUGCUGUUUAGGGGCAUCCUCUACAAAUGUUAUUUUAAAGGCUUAGGAUUUUACAAAUAUUUUUUUUUAAGUGUGUGAUUACUGGCUAAUUGCGAUCAAUUUUAAAGAUGUUUUAAUGUAAUUUUGCCCAUUUUGAUUAAUGUAGAUUAGCAUUAAUUUAUCUAUAAACAAUUCAACAAACCCAAUCCCUGUACUGUUUUGGAUCCCAAGAUAUUUGCAGAAAACCAAACGGUUCAUAUCUUUCACAAUUUAGACUUUUAUACUUGUAAAUAUAUCUAGAAAUAUCCACAGAAAAAAAAAGGCGAAAGUUCUGUUUUUUUAAAUUUUAUUCUAGGGGCAGUUCACAAUUAAUUUUGUUAAAAUUUUCUGACUAUUUAAAGUAUUAUGCACAAGUGACUUUUCAAAAACAGAUAACAAACAAUACAUACACCAGUGGCAAGCUUAAGAAGAGUGCAGCUUUUAAAUGUGUUGCCAUGGCAGCAUGCACUGUAAUCGGAAAUGUAUCUCUACUUUGAGUAUUAGACAAGUUUUUUUUCCUUGGACAGUUCUGUCAAGUUCUUGAAGACUUAACACAUUUUCUAAAAGUCUGCAUUGAAACUCGGCAAAACUAUGCUAAACUCGGCUAAAUAUAGUUAUAAUUUUAAUCCAUUUCGACCAGAGCUCCAAUUUUACUUUCAUUGUUCCUUGGUAUUACAUUAAAUUAUUCCAAUGAAAAUAAGGUCACAAAUGCAGGCAUGAUAUUCAACUUUCUUUAAUCUGAUUUAGGGUUCAGUGUUAGCCUUUAAUGUUGUUACAAAUUCUGGAAAAAAAGUAUACAAGCCUAAUCAUGUAGGUCAGCCCUUGUACUUAAUAAAUCUUCAUCUUUUCAAUAGACUAGGCCUGUAUAAUAUAGCCAUAGAAAUGUUAUGGCCCCAAGGAAACAAACUUAAAAGUAGUUUACAAUUUAUAGGUCAUGAUGGGUUAUUGCAGAAUGCUAUUUUAAUUACAAGAAAAGUACAGUUUUGAGGUUAGUUUUGUAAUCAUUACUAAAUAUUGUUGGAAAGUUUUGUUUGGCCCACAUGUACUUUGCACUCGUUUGUAUAGAGGGUUAUUUAUGUGAUUUACUAAGAUCUAGUAUUUGCUUCUUUUUCAUAUUUAGAGAAACUCUUCAAAGCCACACGUUCAACCAAAUUUUAUCGAAAUGCAAAGCCGGGUUCUAUACUUUGUAAACACACAAAUAUCUACUAACGCUAUGUUUCAUGAAUCCACUGAAUUUAUUUUAUUAGAAACCUUUUAGUUAAAGAAACCCGACGACUAUCCAUAAAUCGGCCAAAGCUUUCGUUUGGAAACGCAAUCUGAAUCAAAGAGUGACCCAGCUUUAUCAAAUUACCCCUCAAUCAAUGAUAUCACAGUUUGAUUGACUGUACUGUUUCUAAGGCUUACCCCUUUCCAUCUAAACUUGACAAAGAAGCAGAUAAACUACAACAAUGUUUCCAAUUCUGAAGGAGCUGUUUACACGCCGGGGUUUUUCUUUUAACCAUACCCUCCAAAGAACGAAAAGAGAAAGUAUAGGCAGACAAAAAAAAAACACCCAACAAAACCGCCCUGAUGAAGUUACAUCGCCACUGAAUGGUGCAUGCCACAUCUCUUUGUACCCCAUUGGUUUUGAUGACGUCAAUGGAGUGUGGUCUUCUAUUAAGCGAUGGGUUGUAGGUUUCAUACUGUGGGGUUAGGUAUCAGAUGUAUUAUAUUCUACCUGUAUGGGAUGAGGGAUGAGAUGGCCAAUCAAUAGCUUUGCUCACCCACCCCCCUUCCCAACGGCUAUCGUUUUCCCGCCUAAACGUAUUCAGACAUCUUAUAUACAAGCAGACAACUGAUGUAUGUGUUUGCAAAAUGUAUGUUUUUUCACUGUCGGCAAUAUUGGAUAGAUCGAAUGUACACAGUUCAUAUUGGAUGGUUGUUAAAGGGUUGGUACAUAAUCUGAAAUUGUUCACUUUAAUUAAGUGUGGCGAAUUGAGAUUGCUGGAACAAAGUAUCAUUUUUAACCACCAUUUCGGGAUUUAUUUACAAGUUAAGAAUGGGUUGCACUAGGUGUGAAAUACGUAAUGCACCUAAUGGAUUCCAACCCACCCCUCGGGAAGCCAUUUUGAUUUGGUUAUACAUACAUCAAGGUUUAUUGCUAAAAGCAGACUGGUCCCCUUUUGACAUUCCCUUUUAUAGUGUAUCCUCUAAUAAGGGAUCAAGACACGUGGCACAGAGUAAACAAAAAGACUUGAGUACCCUCAGUUGUGAUCUUAUUGUGAUCUUAUUUAAAUCUUCUUUUAAAAGAAGAAUAAAAACAUCCCGUCUGUUUUCCCUCCCCAAGAACAAGUCCAUACAUUUUCCACACUUGCCCUUUAACCAAAAGAUUCCCCUAAAUUGGUGUAUUUAGUAUUAGGGCUAUUUUUGUUGCAAAUAUGGAACAUGUUAAGGCUGUAAAUUGACCCAGAAUCAGAAACCCGUGAGAAAAUCAAAUUUAUUGAACAUUCACUUGGGAAAUCUUCUCGGAGAUAUCAUAAAUUUGGACAAUCCAAAAACCCAAAUCCUUCUUGUCGUGCCAUCUUAAUCUAAUUCAUUUGGUAUUUCCGUAAAACCUAGGUAAACAUUUGUGUGGGUGUUAACUCCAACCAUAGAAAUUAGAUAAAUUUAUUUUAGAUUUAGAGCCGGGGCUAUUUUUCU